AUUGUAAUGCUACCCAUAGGCUCAAUUUUAAGUAAAUUAGCAACAAGAUCUUUAUUUUCAAAUACCAUGAUUACCAGAUCCCAGGUAGCUGCUUUUUCUUCAGACAACAUUGAAAUAAAACACCACAAAAACGAUAGUGAAUUUUCUGUAACCCUUGGCAACGAUAAAGCUUACUUAGAAUACGUAGAAGACGAUACUACAAUUGAUAUUUUGCAUGUUUUUGUUCCUGAUGUAUUUCGUGGCAAAAAUGUAGCCAAACUAUUAUCGCAGGCCGCUCUUGACUAUGUAGCUAAUCAAGACAAGAAAAUGAUAAUGACCUGCACAUAUUUCUCUCAUUACGUAGAUACAAAAGCACCUGAGUAUAAGAAAUUUUUACAUCAGUAG